UCUUUUUUUUUUUUUUUCUUCUUCUUCUUUUUUUUUCUACCAUCUUCUUUUUUUUUUAUCAAGAUUAACUAACUAUGGCUAUUUCCGAUUAUGUCUAUUAUGCAUAUGAUGAGGCAUCAUCAUUACCACAACAAUUUGGCAAAAUGAUUCAAAGUGUUGCGCGAACAAAAGGUAUCGGUCGUCAACGUGUUUUGGAAGCUAUGGAUGAUACUAUUCAACAACAUCAAUCAUCAUCAUCAUCAUCAUCAUCAUCAUCAUCAUCAUCAUCACCUAGAUGGAUGCCUCCUCAAUAUAGUUUAUUAUUUCAAGCCACUACGAGAAAAUUAACACGACAAAAUACUUCUUUACAAAAACAAGUCUUAUUGAAACAGUUAUUCAACAAACUCCAAACAACUAAACGUCAUGGCAUGAUCAUCUCGCCUAGUACAUAUCAUCCAAUAUAUAAUCAGCCCCAUCAUCACCAUUGUCAUUAUCAGAAACCCAAUAAAUUAUCCUAUCUUCAUAAAAAACAUCAAAAAUAUUAUCAAACUAAAAAUGAUGUUCAUGCAGGACAACACCACCGACAACCAUUACACGUGCAAGAUGCUUCAUCAUGUCCGCCUAUCGAUACAAUAACACUCCAAAGAAAACGUUCUUCACCUCCAUCACCCAUUUCUCCACCAUUGAUCGCAAAAAUGAUAUGUAACAAUGAUGAUGAUGAUGAUGAUGAUGUACCAUUAGGUGCAUUAAUAUCUCAACAGCAACAAGUAUCAUAUCAACAAAAAUUAUUUCAUCGUGCCGGCAUCGUUGUGAUUUAA